AGGGAACCCGACAUGGGACUCGAUCCUGAGUCUCCAGGAUCACGCCCUGGGCUGAAGGUGGCACUAAACCGCUGAGCCACCAGGGCUGCCCGGCUCAUUCUUUUCCAUCUUCAAAACAACUUUGUAAAAUGGGUACGGUCUCUUUGUCAUCUGCAGUGUACAUGUGACAACGUUGAGGCUCCUGGUCAUCGACCUUUAAGUGCCAAGUAUCAGAGUCAAGUCUGACUCUAAAGCCUAGAGCAGUUGCCUGCCCAAUUCCAGGCAGAGCAAGCCGGUGGUCACUCUCCAUGCCCUGCUCAGGACAGACAUCACUAAUCAAUCGUGGCAUGGCAGAUGCUGCCACUCACCUGCAGGGCUCUUUCCUAAGAAGCUCGGACGCAGCAGCUGUGAACUCCUCCACACAGCAUUGCAGGACACCAUUACCUAUUGGAAGAUCACAUCUACACUAUUUGCCAUCCCUGUGAUCUCACAGCAUCAGCCAUGAGCCCUGAGGACUCAGGCACUAUCCCCAGGUGCUCUAGUCACCAGACCACGGAACCCUGGGCACUGCACAUCUAGUUACUAUGUUCCAACUGGGGUUACUGGCUCCUCUGUCUCCCAAACAGAUGUCCCGUCCAAGCAUGGUCUCUGUUAGAGAAAACACCAUGCGGGUUUGCCUGAGGUUUCAGGCCUUGCUAGGUCGUUAAUAGAGGUUUUUAUUAGGAAACAGUUCAGGUAUACCCCAACAUGUGGAUAAUAAUUUUACCAUAGAGUUUAAGCUACAAAACACCACAGACAUAACUGAAAUCCCUGUGUGUCCCCCUUGGUGCACCCUGCCCCACACCACCACGUUCUGAAUUUUGUAUUUCUCAUUCACAUGCAUAUUUUUUAGACUUUUAUUACAUAUAUACAUAUCCAUAUUAUUAAACCCUACAGAAAUGAUGUUGUUCAGAUUUCGUUGCAGCUUGUGUUUUUCAAACAACUGGACAUGACAGACUCUCAGGCAUGAUGCUAAGUGCACCUUUGAAUUGCCCACCAGAUCAAAAUUGCAAAUAUUUGUUGAAUUCUUUUUUUUUUUUUAAUUUAUUCAUUCGAGAGAGAGAGAACAUAAGCAGGGUGAGCAGCAGAGGGAAAGGUAGAAACAGACUCUUCGCUGGGCGGGGAAGCCAAUGCAGGGCUCCACCUCAGAACACUGGGAUUGUGACCUGAGCCCUUUGCAGGUCUAGACUGCAGCCACCCAGGCGCCCCUGUUUGUUGAACUUUUAUUCUGCACCAGGCAUAGUUGCAAGCGCCUUGCCUGCCUCAACUCACUUCAUGUUCACGACAGAAUUAUUUUCAUCCCCACUUUAUAGAUUUGAAAACAAAGGCAUAGAAAGGUGAAAUUAUGUACCCAAGUCACAUAGCUUGGAAGCUGUUCUCCUAACUGCUAGACAUCACUCUCUCUACUGCUGCGUGGUCUGUUGAAUGAAAACACAGUAAUUUAUCCAUCUGUUCUCCUAUUUAAGGGGCAUUGCUUAUUUUUGCACACUCGCCUCAACAUGGGCUCAGAGGGUUUGGAGGUGGUUGUAUUAUCUUGCUUGGUUCCUACAUGAAGCUGUGAGUAGAUAUUUGUGCCAUCCCCCUACAUCCUUCAGAGAUGAGGAAACUAAGACUCAGAGAGGUUGAAUCACAUUCUCAAAACAGCACAGCUCCAACGGGCCAGAGAUGGGCUGUGAACCUGGAUUCCUUUUUUUUUUUUUAAAGAUUUUAUUUAUUUAUUCAUGAGAAUACACAGAGAGGAGAGAGAGAGAGAGAGAGAGGCAGAGACACAGGCAGAGGGAGAAGCAGGCUCCAUGCAGGAAGCCUGAUGUGGGACUCGAUCUCAGGUCUCCAGGAUCAUGCCCUGAGCUGUAGGCGGUGCUAAACUGCUGAGCCACCGGGGCUGCCCCUGGAUUCCUAUAAUUCCAGAGCCCAGAGGCUCUCCCAUGUCCCAUAUGAGCCCUCGGUUCCCCAUCAGCUUUGCCUCUUGGCUUUGCACCUGGCAGCCUGCCCUCCCUCCCCCAGAACACCCUCCUGGUAACAGGAUUUUGGUCUCCCCUCCUCUGGCCAUUAUCCCUUGUUGUUCUCCUUUCAGAGAAGGGGCCCAACCGGAAGGCCAGUUCGUGUUAGGAAAUUCCAGCCACGUGAGCCAACCCGAGCCAGGGAUUCUGAGCAGCCAGUGGCUUUAGAAGAAACUGAAACUGGGUUUGCUGGGGGCGGAGUGGUCACCAGGGAUUUAAAAGAGCUGCCACUUCCUUGGGCCCCCAGAGGGCACUGGGAGGUCACAGUGACAGAGGGAUACCUGAACCGAGCCUCUGCCCACCCCCUGCCUGAGCCAUGCACCUCUGCAGGGACAAUGAGCUUCUGCCCAGGACGGACCCCGAGGAGCAUCAGAGGCUGAAGAAGAAACAGAAGAACCGCGCAGCCGCCCAGCGCAGCCGGCAGAAGCACACAGACAAGGCAGAUGCCCUGCACCAGCACGAGACACUGGAGAAACACAACCAUGUGCUGCGGAAGGAAAUCCAGGCCCUGCAGACGGAGCUGCUGUGGUGGAGCCGGACCCUGCAUGCCCAUGAGUGCCGGUGCCGGAUGGACUGUGCCACCUGGUUGGCUCCAGUGACCCCUGGCCGCUGGGCCCAGACCCAACAGCCCCCGGACCCUGUGCCCCACGGACAACAUGGCUGCCAGGAGCAGCUGGGCCUAUUUCAGACCCCAGUCUCUUCUCCCUUGGCUCACCGGCUCUCUCCAGAUCCACAGCCUCAUAGUUCACCUAGCCUCCCCCUGUCCCCUUUGCCCUCUCUGUCACUUGGCUCCACUGAGCUCACCGCACCUCCUGCCCAACUGUCCCCUAGCCCCAUCCAGUCAGCCUCACCCAUUGGCUCCAGCCUGCUGAGGCCUUCCUGCAAUCUCGACACUCUACUGCCCAGCCCCUCAGCCCAACCUGCCCCUCUACAGCCCCCUGUGAUGGAGCACCCCACCAGAGGGAAGCUGGGCCCUGACAGCCUCUCAGCUGCCCUGGGGCUGGCCUGCCUGGAGGGUGGGGAGCACAAACCAGCGUUAUUGGCAGCAGACCAACAAGGGCUGGGUGUGGAUCCCAGCCCCCACCUACUCUUGGCCUUCCCCCUGCUCUCCUCUGCUCAAAUCCACUUCUAAGGCAUCCCUGGGAGCUGAGCUAGCCCCUUCCUUGGGCUGAAGUGGCAGCCUCAGCACAUAGGCAUCUCCUCCCUUACCAUUGGCAGUUGCCUCUCUUGGCUGACCAGCUGACCCGGCAUUUCACCAGGAAAAGAAAGUCAUCGCUGCUGCCCAGCACUCUACCAGGCCCUGUCACAGCCAUUAUCUUAUUUUGACUUCAUGGUCAUUCAAAAUCCGGAUUAUCACUCCACUUUUUAGAUAAAGGAGACAGUGGCCAGAGAAGCCAUGUGACGUGCCCAAGGUCACACAGCCUUUUUUUGGACCUGAAAUACUACCAUCUCCUCCUUCUCCUGGUGGGAUACCCUAGGAGUAUCUCCUGGUCUAGGCACCCUAGGAGUUGAAGUCCUAGAAAUUGGGGGCUGGUGUGAGAAGGUUUAAGUGCUGGGAGUGGGGAGGAGCUUUUUCUUCUGGUUUGUCAUUCCCAGGGCCACAGAGCCCUGCAGUUCCUGAAACCUCGCCCUAGCUGGGGCUAGUCCAGAGUUCAAGCCUGGAUGGGGAGAGGCCAAUCAGGAGCCCAGAAGUGGACUCUUUCUUCCCUAGCAGUGCUUUCAGUGCCAAGGAACUGAACCUGUGGGUUGGAUUUGCGGAGAAGCCUGGAACAGUCUCCCCAGGGAUUUCUGCAGGAGGGGCACCCAUAGCCAUACCAAGACCUCUGGGAGAUUCUCCAGGGUCAGCUCUGAGGGCUAUUCCCAAAGAGCCCCCUCCUUCUCCCAGGCUAGAGGUCAGAGCAGCAGUAUCUGGUGGGGUGGGGGCAUGGGGGACCGAGUUCUUUAUAAGGGACCAGAGAUGAGAAACUCCAAUUCAUCACCCAGAUUUUCAUACACCUGUAAACAAACACUAUGCUAGUAUUUGAUACACUCCAGGAUGCUGAGGACAAGUCUCAGCACACAUGUUAUAGCAAAUAAAGUGUUUUCCAAUUCUUUU